AUGCGUGUAAAGAAGAUGAGUAACAAAUCCUGUUGGCUAUUUAACCUUGAACUUCCAUGCUAUUUGUUAUCUUAUCUGCUUUGUGCCGUUAUCUUAAAGACGCCUCGCUUUCCCGUGUUGAAUUCACUUAUUUGGUUCUUUGGACAGGAAAAGGAAGCAAAGAAAGAAGGUUUCAGGGAGUAUCUGGAGGUCAGUGGGGUUCUUGAUGCUCUAACCAAAGUCCUUGUGGCACUGUACGAGCAGAAUGACAAACCUUCUUCAGCUCUUGAAUUUGUCCAGCAAAAAUUAGGUGGUCCAACGGUGUCUGAAUAUGAAAAGGUACAAGCAGAGUUAUCGGAUCUGCAAAUCAGAUAUGACGAACUUCUAAAAGAGCAUCAAGAAAGAUGCAGGGAGUCGGAGCAAUUGAAACACACACAAGUAGAAGCAUCAACUAAGGAACCUGUUGUGGGAAAUGCUCCUGAUGAAGAACUCAAGAGUACGGAUGUAGCAAAGAAUCAAUAAUGCUAUAAACUUUCAAUUCUUUUGAAUACUGGAGCUGUUGUAUCUCAUUUGUUUGGGAGAAGUUUGUUCUGUAAUGGCAAUUUCUUUGUAAAUAAGGUUUAUCAACCACAAAAAGAUUGUCUAAACCUUUUCUUUUUCAUUUUUUUUCUCCAAAAGGUCCUUAUCUUUAUUUAAACUUCAAUUCUCGAACUUUGAAGGAUGCCAUUUGACAUUUGUCUAGUUAAGUUACAGAAGGCCUUUAACUUGUCUAGAUGCCCUAAACUGGUAAACUCCCUGUGCUGCUGAUAAGCAUGUGUUUUUUUUUUUUUUUUAAUCAUAGUGUUUGGUCAAUUGAAUCGAAUCUUGACUAAUUGCUCAAAAUACCUGGUAUUUCCCACCGGCACACGUUGAUAAGCAUGACUAAGAGAGGCUAACUUAUCGGCCACUUACUUGUCCUCUCUAUAACAACUACCCCUUCUCUUCAAUGAUUAGUGUGUUAGCUUCUGUUGUUCUCAGCAUCCUCCAUGGAGGAUCACCUUGUUGCAAACACAAGAAAUUAGAACCAUCGGCUCAG